AUGGUACAACAUCAGCUGCGCGGUGUACUAUCUGUAAUUGACGACUGUUCCUUUAGGAUCACCCAGUUUGACAUGCUUUCAGGCUCCGACGUGCAUUGGUGGGGUGCUGAUGGGGAUGAUUUCCAAAACCUGACCAAGGGUUUUGUCGUUUCUGACCAAAUUUUGAAUCAGACCUAUAAAAAUGAUAGCUUUCUGGUUAAUAUGCGCAAAAACAUAACGUGGGAUAAAAUUAAAGUCCUUGCAGUUUGGGAUACCCCCACGGCUUCGGAUUUUGGUCAUGUUUUGUUAAGAAAUUUGUCUAAUGGAACUGAAAAUUCUGCGCCAUUGCCAAUGCCUGUGAAUGGGAGCACUAGUCUGAUGGGAAAUGAGCAACCCACCAUGUUUGAAAAUUGUAAAGUUCUAUCUGAUGGUUUCAGGAUUAGGUGGACUUUAAAGGAGGAGGAGAAUAGGAUUGAUAUUGGGUUGGAGGGUGCAAUUGGGAUUCAGAAUUACAUGGCAUUUGGAUGGGCAAACCCCAAUGUUACUGCAAAUUUUAUGGUUGGCGGUGAUGUGGUGAUCACAGGGUUUAAGGAGGAUGGAAUGCCAUUUGCUGAUGACUUCUAUAUAACUAAGUACAGUGAGUGUAUGAUAAAUCAGGAUGGGAGUGUGCAGGGUGUGUGUCCCGAUAGUAUGUAUGAAAGCUCUGAUCUCAUUGGGCUGGUGAAUAAUACAAAGUUGGUUUAUGGGCACAGGAAGGACGGUGUGUCCUUUAUCAGGUAUAAGAGACUGUUGAGAUCUGUUGAUAAGAAGUAUGAUGUAUCGGUUGACCCUAAGGGCAACAUGACUGUGAUUUGGGCUUUGGGGUUUAUUAGACCUCCUGAUAGUCUACGCCCUUUUUAUCUUCCUCAAAAUCAUGGUGGGAGCUUUAGUUACUUGACUCUGAACAUUUCAAAGCAUGUAAAUGAUUGCUUGGGCCCAUUGGAUGCUGAAAACAAGGAGGAUCAAGAUCUCGUCAUUGCAGAUAAAAAGGAACCACUUGUUGUAGUGACAGGUCCGGCAUUGCAUUAUCCAAAUCCCCCAAAUCCUUCAAAAGUUCUUUACAUUAACAAGAAAGAGGCUCCUGUUCUUAGGGUAGAGAGAGGUGUGCCGGUAAAGUUUUCUAUACAAGCCGGGCAUGACGUGGCAUUCUAUGUUACUUCUGAUCCGCUUGGUGGAAAUGCGACUUUAAGAAAUAUGUCCGAGACUAUUUAUUUUGGAGGACCAGUGGUUACCAAACGGUGCCUAAAUCUUAAUUCCCACCGAAACAAGAGUUAA